UGCGUGCUGGUUUUGGACUGUGGUUUUUAAGUACGCAGUUCAGAGUUGUGCUACUGACAAUAUUUUAAGCGUUCGGUUUAUUCGUCUGGCGUGUUUCCGGCACCUUCCGGCGCUUACGCUGACGCUCUUUUUCCGUGCUGUUCCGCAAAUUUGAACGAAGUAGCAGCGAGUUCGCGAAGCUGCGCUCAGACUUUCGUGGCAUGAGUUCAUACACAUCCGAGAAGUCGUGACACGUUCGGUGCGUCGUUGAGUGAAGCUAAAAUGAGGCAGCUUCUGUUCGCUGCAGCCUUUGCUGUUCUGUUCGCGGUGUCGACGGCGAAGAAAUCGAAGGAAAGCGCGAAACCAGAUUGGGCCAAGAAAGACGUACGCGACUUCAAUGACGCCGACUUGGAAAGACUUUACGAACAGUGGGAGGAAGACGAAGAGCCGCUAGAGCCUGACGAACUCCCAGAGUACAUGCGGCCGGCUCCUAAGAUUGAUAUGAGCAAGAUGGACGCUUCAAAUCCGGAAAACAUACUGAGAGCGUCGAAGAAAGGCAGAAUGCUUAUGACGUUUAUAACCCUCCUAGGGAAGCCUACAAGAGAAGAAACCGAAGAGAUAACGAGUAUAUGGCAAACGAGCUUGAUGAAUAACCAUAUUAAUGUAGACAGGUACAUCCUCGAUGACAACCGAGCCCUGUUCACAUUUAGGGAUGGUUCACAGGCAUGGGAGGCAAAAGAUUAUUUAAUUCAGCAGGAUCAGCUGGAAACAAUCACGAUUGAAAAUAAGCCAUAUUAUGGAAAGAAUGCCGGUGACAAGGCUCAAAGCAAGAAGGCAAAUGACGAGCUGUGACAUUCGUCGCCAUUGCCGCCACUUCCAAGGCCACUCAUCAUAUCUGCAUUUGUUUCAUGGUGCGAAUUUCACAUUUUGACAUAUGUGCCAGUGGUGUUUUUUUUUUCUCCUGGUCUUCUGGCACGGUUGUUUGGAAGUGCUUAGGUACUUAUUUAUUUCGAAACGUUUACGUUAAGAUUGUGCAACGUAUGAAUGAAUUUUUAUUUAAUUUAUGACAAAUAAGUCUUGUGUUUACCACUAUUAAAGCAAUGACUAGAUUGUACUACCAAACUGUGUGCGAAAUGUGUGCUCCAUUUUUCUUGGUGUCACCUUUGUUAAAGCUUCAGCCUUCGUUAGAGGGCCACCAUUCCUUUGUGUUUUGUACUUGACAGAAAAAAAAAAGUGUUGAAAUAAACAGAUAUGAUCUUGUA